GCUUCCGGUUGACGUUGGAAACGGCUACUUGAUUUUAGGAGGGUCAAUAUGAAAUUAAUUACAGUGGUUUGUGUUCGGAAAAUAAUGUGAGUGAAUAGUGAUAGCUGUGAUAGCGGACUAUAAUAAUAGGAGGGUGAAACACCAUUUUUCCAAAAUCAAUAUGGAGUGUCCGAUUUUUGUGAAGUGCAGUGUAUGAAAUGAUUAACAUUCUUUUAUCGUACGAAUAGUCAUAUACAAUUUUAAUGAUUCAUACUUAAACUGGUGAUUGUGGUUUGAAGAGAAAUCGAUUAAGAUUACUGUUGGAUUUUUUGUGGUUGGUUGCGUCAUCUAUUGACUGAUGCCAAUGUUAACCUACUCAUCGUCCAGCCCUCCAGAAAUGGAGUGGUCUCCCGAGGGAGAGAACACUGACGUCAGCAAUACGUCAUCCCCGAACGGAUCAAGGACAAUCCACAAUCAAGACCAUGAUUCGCUCUCUGACGACGACGAUUUUUCCGAUGAGUUGUCAAUCAUUGAUAGUGACGAGGAGAAAAGGAUUGAUGCGCGGUUCUCGCAUCAUCAACAUAUGAUACAGGCUCCCAUGGAGGUCCAAACAAGAGGAGUCGUUAAAAAGAUAUGUACAAAUAGUCGAGAAAGGUGGCGUCAGCAAAAUGUCAGUGGAGCUUUCGCUGAAUUGAGAAAAUUGGUGCCAACUCACCCUCCCGACAAGAAACUUUCCAAAAAUGAAAUACUUCGAAUGGCAAUCAGAUACAUCCGCCUCUUGACCAACGUCUUGGAAUGGCAGAAAACGCACGCCGGCCCAAUCCAAGUCAACAUCAAAUGCGAACAAGACAGCCUAUCGAUCCAAAGGAACUCUUCUUUCAUACCGAGUUUGCAUACCCUGAGAACGCGGGCCAGAGUACGCAGAAACGUUCAUUCUUUUCCUCUUUGUGACAGGAACGCCAACAAUCUGCUUAUGAUCGCUCCCAAUAAUCAUCUACCUAUUAGGAGGGGACAGUUCAUGAUUGAAUUUACUGGGCCUACUAGUCAACAGGUCAAGAUUGAAAGUAUAGAUGGGAAGGAAGAAGAUGAGGAUAGAGAAAACGAAGAACGUUGUAAGAGGAAGAAAAAGUGAAUUGUUCUUUAUGUGUGAUACUAUAGGAACUAUAAAAAUAUGGAAGAUUGGUUAUUGGCAUGGGCGCCCAUUGGGAGGGGGCAAGGGGAAUUCUGCUUAGUGAAAUAUUCUUAAAUUCUCAAUAAGAUAUCCUUGGGUAAGAAGUGGAAUAUCCCAACAUGCAACCCCCCCCUCGUCUCCAAUUGUCACUAAUGGGUUGACUAGUUCUCAGCAUUUUUUUUGGUCCUGCACAACCUGUAAACCAAACAUGCCCCCCCCCUGGAUUUUGCUAUAUGGGCGGUCAUGGUCAUUGGUCAUUAAAAGAUAAGGUUUACCCGUUCGUUUCAGAUUCUGAAAUACUUGUUCUAUUUUUUUUAUACUGCAGUACAGCACUGUGUUUUAGAAGCAUUAAACUGUACAAGAUUGUUGUCUCCCCAGCAGUGGGUUGACAGUACAGGAAAGGAGACCGUUGAUAUGUAAGAUGAACAGUAUUGGAGCCAAGACCGGUCACUGGGGAAUACCCGCGUUGACGUUGUGGGAUGUAGAGGAGAACCCGUCAAUUACGACGGAUAUAUUGCGGUCAGAGAUAAAGUCAGCCACCCAUCUGCGAAGCCUUACUGGAAGGCCAUAGGAUGGAAGUUUGCUUAAGAGGGCAGCGUGCCACAGCUGAUCGAACGCUUUCGUGAUGUCAAGAGCGACGACAUGAGCCUCACCAUAAGAGUGGAUGAGUUUACUCCACAAUUGCGUGACGUAAGCUAGGAGAUCGUUGGUGCCGGAAACCAUACUGCCUGUCGCUAAUCAAGCUGUGACGUUCGAGGUAGCAAAUUUCCAGUUUUCUGGCAAGGUGCCGGAUUUAUAAGAUAUCUGGAAGAGACGCGAAAGAACUGGAGCAAGCUCCGCUGUACACUUUUUCAGUACAAUGGCAGGAAUCAAGUCUGGACCAGAAGCUUUGUUGAUGUCGAGCGACAAGAGCACUCGUCUUACGGUAUUAUGCCUGAAUGGUACCUCUGGCAUAGUGUAGGGAACCCUUUGACGGCACUUGGGCGUUGGGGGCGGGGGACGUCCAUGGUGGAAUUGGCAGCAAAGAUCUUGGCUAGCACUUCCGCCUUGGUCUUUGAGUCGAAUACAAUCGUUCCAUCCUGACACGUAAGUAGUGGAAGGCUACUGUGUGAGAAGUUCUUUUCAUUCUUUUCAAUCUGCUUGGCCAGCGUCCAGAAAGACCGACAUUACCCUGUGCCUAACUUUUAUAUUGUGCUGGUUUCUGGCAUUGCGAACCGCUUCGUUAUAUUUAUUUCUGGACCCGACGUCGACUUGUCUGUUCUCUACAGUGGGGUUUUGUAAGAAGAUUCUGUGUGCCUUGAUCUUCUGCUGGCGAGCAGUGUCAAAUGAUUUGUUAAACCAGCCGUUGGACCCUGGUUUAGGCACUUUCACUGUGUAAGGGAUGUAUUCUUCCAUUCCGACGUGGAUAAUUUCGGUUAUCGAAGAAGAAGUUUUCUGGGAAGAUAAGAUAUUUGGAAGAGACGCGAAAGAACUGGGGCAAGCUCCUUUGCACACCAGUCCGGACCAGCUUUGUUGACGUCCAGCGACAAGAACACCCGUCUUAUGCCUGUGUGUUACUUCCCGCAUAUGAAACUUUCUAAAUAAGUGUGAAUCUAGGGGGUUAUGAAUAUCGAGUUCCUUCAAAAUACUAUAGUCAGAUUGAUGAAGAAGGUUAGUAGUUAUAGGUUAACUUUUGGGGCAAUCGAGCAAUGUGCGAUGUAUGAGGAUAAGUAAAGAUUUGGUAUAUGUAUUUUCCAUAUUUAUAAAUAAUUCACGUAUGCUUUAUAAUCGCUGAAGCUGUAGGAUAUACAGGGUGUCCGCAAAGUUGAGGUUUUCCUUUUCAGAAACAACUACCCUUGAAAUAACAAACGUAAUGUGUAGUGAAACUAGGGCGACCAAGUAAAAACAAAAAUAAAGAAGUACUCACUCUCCAGUUGACGAGAAGGGCUAAGUACGUCUCUGCCCGAAAUCAUACCGCUCCAACAGAAAAUGAAAUCAGCUGAUGCGCUACCGAGUAGACGCCGGCGGUGGUGCAGACCAGUAGACCAGGAACAGAGGUAACAAAUAUGACCAUGGUGCAGAAACCACAUUGACUGUCUUACACUUAAUGGCACAUCUUCUAACAACAAAAUGUUGCGUAAGAAGUCUAGGUAUUGCAUCCCGUCCAAUCGAUUUGGGAGAAUAAAUGGUCCAAUGAGCAUACCGUUCACCAUGCCAGCCCAAACAUUCACCGAAAAUGUUUGUUGAAACGGACAGCGUGCGGAUUUUCUACUGACCAAACAUGAGUGUUGCGAAAGUUAUUCACCCCAUUACGCGUGAACGUAGAUUCGUCUGUCACCAAUAUGCACUUCAAAAAGUCCGGAUUAUUGUCAUGUUGAUGCAACAACCACUCACAAAACCGCACUCUUGCUGGAAAAUCGUCAGGUUGAAGGGCUUGUACACGUUGGACGUGAAACGGAUACAACCCCUCUUCACGCAGCGUUUGCCACACUUUAGUUUUUGAUACUUGCACUUCUCUAGCCACGUCUCUAGAGCUUGUUGUUUUUUGAAACGCAAUCGAUUGGGUUCGUUUCCCUCUACACGCGUGACCGUAACCGUCGGUUGAAGGUUGCAUACUGACCUGAAACACUGACCCCAACCCCCGACCCAGUUCUGUCUUCGGGUUGAGCUAGUGUCCUAGUACCAGUCGGGGAUAUCGCGAGUCGCGGCUACAGGACGGUAUUCAGAUAUUUUUGAUGUUGCAGAGCCCUUUAUCUCGGUUCCCUUGAGACAUUGGUGUAUAUGGUACUAAGAAAAACUGCUUAUAUUUUCAAGAUCUACACGUCGUGUAAAGGAAAACCCCAACUUUUCGGACACCCUGUAUAGUCUAUACCAAACAUCAAACACAAGCUAAAACUAGAAUAGACAGUUUGACUCAAAGUACAUAACCGUUAUAUAGAUUCUUCUACAAUGAUUAAUUCCAUGUUAUAACAACUGUAAUACUGAAUAAAAAU